CAGAACGUGCCGGAAUUCGAGACCUCCGGUUUCCCACAGAGCAAAGGGAGUCGAGUCGAGUCUGGAAUCUCAAUGUGAGUUGAGCUGAUCCUCGGCCCGAUCUUAAAUAAGGCCGCACGGUUCCAAAUUCCGGCUUGGGAAAUAUUUGUAUUAGUUAGAUGAAUUGACAAACAUGCGUCGCUUUGUUUCAAGACCCAACUUUUAACGGCUUCAGUGCUGGACAGUCGACACGAGUAAGCCUCGGGGUGAGGUAACCUGAUUCAGCGGUAGGGUCGGUCGGUCGGCCGGUGUGCCGGAGAGUGACAGCACCACGCAACUCGAGUAACCACCGGGCCAGUACACCCGGCCUCCGGGGCAGCGACAGCCCCGAUCCGAUCUGUGCACCUCGCCGUUGAAGCAGGAACAGCGCCGCCACCAUGCCGCGAUCCCGGCGUGACAAACGAGUUUCUUUGACUAAAACAACGAAGAAAGGAUUACAGAUCAAACAAAGCUUAAUCGAGGAGUUGCGAAAAUGUGUGGACAUCUACACAAAUCUCUUUGUCUUUUCCAUCGAGAACAUGAGAAAUAACAAAUUGAAGGACAUGCGGUGUGCCUGGAAACACAGCCGGUUCUUCUUUGGUAAAAAUAAAGUGAUGAUGGUGGCUCUGGGAAAAGGACCGGCAGAUGAAUACAAGGAUGGUUUGCACAAGGUCAGUGAACAUUUGCAAGGUGAAGUUGGUCUCCUGUUCACCAACCGCACAAAGGCAGAGGUGAUUGAGUGGUUUGAUCAGUACACAGAGUCUGAUUUUGCACGGUCCGGGAACAAAGCUACAAUGGCCGUUACACUCGAUGCUGGGCCGUUGCCACAGUUCACACACUCCAUGGAGCCACAGCUGCGGCAACUCGGGUUACCAACCGCACUGAAGAAAGGUGUCGUGACACUGUUGAGUGAUUACGAAGUAUGUAAAGAGGGAGCCACUCUGACAGCUGAACAGGCGCGCCUUCUGAAACUAUUUGGUAUUGAGAUGGCCACCUUCAAAGUGACAAUGAACUGUCUAUGGAACUCUGAAACUGGUGAAUUUGAAAAACUGGGAGCCAUUGAUGUUGGAAAAAGCAAAGAUAUGGCAGUGACGGAUGACUAGCAAGGAGUUCGAGGGCUUUGUCCUGUGCUUGACAUCUGUGUGAAACUGACUAAGCAAUGGAUUGAAUGAGAGGUGAAUUGUUACAUUUGCAGAAACCAACUUCAGUGCAGCUUUUUAAAUAAAUGUGUGAACCAUGAUGGCCCUUUAGUCAAGUCUCACCAAGUGGUGAAUUGACUCUUAUACCAACAUCCAGGGAAAUGCAACAUUAAUAAAAACAUGUCAGUAAUUAAAGGAAAACCCUUUGAUGCAACAGAGGACUUUGCACCUCAUGGUUUUGAAAUGCAGUCACAGUUGUAAGAGGUGGCUAAUAUGGACAAUGAGAUACCGAGAUGGGGAAGCAAAAUGCAGACUUAUCUUUAAAUGCUAUCAGUCAGAACCCCUGGAUUUUUUAAUAUCUGUUUGUAACAGUGGACCACCAGAUAGCUCCUGUAACAGUACAAUGCUCCAGGUACAAAAGCAAAGUGCCGUUUUGGUAUAAAAAAAAAUAAAGCCAGUUAUGAUGGUGCAUAAAUUCUGAACCCUUGAAUUUCUGAAAUGAUUAAGCUAUGGUUUAGCCAUUUUCUAUUAUGUGCAUAUGACAUGCACUAUUUGUCAUUAACAAUUGAGAUCCCAUGUAAAUGUAAGUAGCAAUUAUGCAGUUUACCUGACCAGCCUUCAACAGUGUUUGAGAUGCUGUUAGGAAAGUAGUAGUAUAUUGUGGCUGAACUUUUAAUCUGAACAAUCUAUGGCUGUUAAAAAAUUGAUACUCAAUACAUCUGCGUAUGGAUCCCCAAAAUAAGAAAUUAAGCAAUUACAUUAAAUGCACAAAGUGAA